AUGGCGAUCGAGAAGAAGCGGCCUCUCCAGUCAAGUUCAGCGUACAAUGUCGCCGCUGGCGAUAGCGAACACGCGGCGGCGGCGGCGGCAGAUGCUGGCUUCAAGUCGAUUGAGGAAACCUACCAGAAGAAGACGCAGCUGGAGCACAUCCUCCUCCGGCCGGACACGUACAUCGGUUCUGUGGAGCGCCACUCUCAGGCGCUGUGGGUCUAUGAGGAAGAUCAGAUGGUCCACCGCACCAUCACAUACGUCCCGGGCCUUUACAAGAUCUUCGAUGAGAUUCUUGUCAAUGCCGCUGACAACAAGCAGCGUGAUCCGUCAAUGGACGCGCUGAGGGUCGAGAUCGACCAUUUGGAGGGACGGAUAAGCGUUUAUAACAACGGAGACGGCAUUCCCGUUGAGGUUCACAAGGAGGAGGGAGUGUACGUCCCAGAGCUCAUCUUUGGUCACCUGCUCACCAGCAGCAAUUACGACGAUGAUGUGAAGAAGACAACGGGAGGUCGAAAUGGCUACGGGGCUAAGCUCACUAAUAUCUUCUCCACGGAAUUCAUUGUUGAGACUGCCGAUGGUAAACGGCAAAAGAAAUAUAAGCAGGUACUGAGUCUGAUGUUUCAUGUAUCAUUCUUUCCUUAACAGCGGUUUUCCAACAUCUUUUUUCGUCAUCUAUUAGACUCCCGUUUCAUCGUCGGAUCAUACUCAUGCUGUCCUGUUUUUUUUUUUUUUCAACCGAUACUUGUUAUCUACUGGGAUCAUUGAAGUACUCAAGUUGGAAAUUGGAUUUACUUAUGUUAUCCGCUGUCGUUUCUUCUUUUCACCCGUUUCUUGCAGAAAUAAGCAAAAGAUUACUCGUCGAGCUUACCCGUUUCUCUUAGUAAAUUUCCUUUUGUAAGAUUUUCUUAGUAGAUCCUGAUCGUGGUCAGCAAUUUUAUAUGAUCAUUCUGUUUUUCCGUUUAGUUUUUUUUAGCUUAAUAAAUUUCUGUUUGAUUCUAGUACUUUAUUGCAUAUUACUAUUAUUCAAAGGAUCUUGGAAGAUACGAUAACAAUUAGGAACUCAGGUGAUUUUAAAGCUCUUUUAUGAAAUUGUAAAAAUUGAUAAUUUAUUAACACUUUCUGAUGAUUGAUUGUCGUGUGUGUAAGUAUGAUUUGACUUCCGAAGUACUUUCACAAUGCAGGUUUUCUCAAACAACAUGGGUUCAAAAUGUGAGCCUGUCAUCACCAAAUGCAAAGAAGGAGAGAAUUGGACGAGGAUCACAUUUAAGCCAGACUUACCCAAAUUUAACAUGUCUGAGCUAGAAGACGAUGUUGUUGCCCUAAUGAAGAAACGGGUUAUUGAUUUAGCUGGAACACUCGGCAAAACAGUCAAAGUCGAACUGAAUGGGCAACGAUUGCCUGUUAAAACGUUUCAGCAAUAUGUGGAUCUCUACCUUAAGUCUGCAGAUAAGAACAGGACCGAUUCCUUACCUAGGUCUGAGAAAGUAUUAUGUUUUUUUUUUCGGACAUUUAAAUUUCCUUGAAUUUUGUGCUGAUAGGUUAUCUGUUGGGUAGGAUAUAUGAAGCUAACGACAGGUGGGAAGUUUGUUUCUCUUUAAGCGAAGGACAAUUCCAACAGGUAUACGUCAACAGGGGGCAGUCAUGUGGAAUACAGUCAAAAUACUAGUUUUAGUGACGUGGUCUUCUUUUGUGUUUCUUAAAAAAACAGGUCAGCUUUGUGAAUAGAAUUUCGACCAUAAAAGGGGGCAGUCAUGUGGAAUACAUUACGAGCCAGAUCACCAAUCAUGUGACGGCUAUUGUGCACAAGAAAAACAAGACAGCCAAUCUCAAGCCCCACAUGGUGAAGAACCAUGUGUGGAUAUUUGUCAAUGCUCUUAUUGACAAUCCUGCCUUUGAUUCACAAACAAAGGAAACCUUGACAACACGUCAGGGAAGCUUCGGCUCAAAAUGUGAACUCUCACAAACAUUUCUAAAGAAAGGUCUGUUUACUCUAUCUAUUGAGUGUCCAGCAGUCGAAAUUCCACAGGGAAAAUAUUAUGAAAAAUGAUGGUGACGUGUUAUAAUUAUUUAUGGUGCAGUAGCAGAGUCUGGAAUUGUGGACACUCUACUCUCAUGGGCUGACUUCAAGCAGAGCAAGGACCUGAAGAAAACUGAUGGAUCAAAGAGGCAGAGACUUGUUGGCCUUACCAAGCUUGAAGAUGCAAAUGAAGCUGGUGGAAGAAACUCAGACAAGUGUACAUUGAUUUUGACAGAGGGAGACUCAGCAAAGGCUCUUGCGGUGAGUGAUCACAGCAUCAAUGUGUUCCAACAUUAAACAGUAAGAACCUAACAUUAAACCUAACUUUUCAGAUGGCAGGAAUAUCUGUCGUGGGACGGGACUACUAUGGAGUGUUUCCACUGAGAGGAAAACUCUUGAAUGUGAGAGAGGCAAGCCAUAAACAGAUAAUGGAAAAUGCGGAGAUUCAGAAUAUAAAACAAAUUCUUGGACUGCAGCAUGGGAAGCAGUAUGAUAGUGUGAAGUCUCUCCGAUAUGGGCAUCUUAUGAUCAUGACUGAUCAGGUGUUGUAACCGAAACGCAUACAUUUAUAACUGAGACACAUAUUUAUUUCCUUGUUCCUCACAAUCGUUCUUGAGUGACGCAGGAUCAUGAUGGCUCACACAUUAAGGGGCUACUUAUCAAUUUUAUUCAUUCAUUCUGGCCUUCCUUGCUUAAAAUCCCAACGUUCUUGGUCGAGUUUAUCACACCAAUUGUUAAGGUUUGUCCAAAGACUCAAAUUUUGUUAAGUUUUUCCGAUUCUACUUUUACUGAAUCCAGGGUACCUCUGUACUCAGGCGACCAAGAAGGGUAGCAGAAGAGAUAUGGAGGUUUUAUCUUUCUAUUCUAUGCCUGACUAUGAACAGUGGAAGGAAACAUUGGGUGACGGGGCAAAAGUGUGGAAGAUUAAGUACUAUAAGGUGUGUGUGUGUGUAUAUACGUUAGUUUGCGUUUUCUUUUGAGAAGACUGAGAUUGAGACUAUGUAAUUUUGGGAAUGCAUCUUCGCUUUUGACAACAAUCGUUUCUUACCUAUUUCUUCACCAGGGGCUGGGUACAAGUGAUUCAGUUGAGGGGAGGGAGUAUUUCAGUAAUCUUGAGCAGAAUAAGAAGGAUUUCGUUUGGGCUGAUGAAGAGGAUGGGAAUGCUAUUGAACUAGCGUUCAGCAAAAAGAAAAUCGAAGAAAGAAAAUGCUGGCUUCGACAGUUUGAGGUAAACCACCAUUAUGGUUCUAUGCCAUAUGCAAUAUAGUUUUCCUGGUCCUAUGCUUAAUUUUCUCUUUUACUAUUUUGCAGCCCGGCACUUGUCUUGAUCAGAGAAUGACACACAUCAAAUACAGUGAUUUUGUAAACAAAGAACUUAUUUUAUUCUCAGUUGCAGAUCUACAACGCUCCAUCCCCUCCAUGGUGGAUGGUCUAAAACCUGGACAGAGAAAGAUAUUAUAUUGCUCCUUGAAAAAGAAAAUUGUUGAGGAUAUCAAGGUACCUAGCACAACUGAAUGAUGAUUUUUACAUCUUCCUUCAGGAUAUUAAGGUAUCUAGCCCAUUUUCAAGGCAAUAUAAAUGAUCUGCUUUCUUCUACGUACAGGUAUCACAAUUCUGUGGUUAUGUUUCUGAGCAUUCAGCCUACCAUCAUGGUGAGCAGAGUCUAGCGACGACUAUACUAGGAAUGGCAAAUGAUUUCGUGGGCAGCAACAAUAUAAAUCUCUUAGUGCCUUCAGGACAGUUUGGCACGAGGCUAAGGGUGAGAUAACCAAAGAACAAAUUUUUUGUUUAGGAUAACGCAUCUGUCCUAACAAUUUACUCUGUUCUCAGGGUGGGAAGGAUGCUGCGCAUUCUAGAUACAUUCAUACUCGUUUAUCGUCAGUAACAAGAUUUAUAUUUCACAAAGAUGAUGAUCACCUUCUGGACUAUCUGAACGAAGAUGGCCAAUCUAUUGAGCCGAAUUGGUAAGUUAGUUGCAGGACAAAUCAACUUUAAGUUCCUGGGAUUGUGACAUUUACCCUGGGAUUUGUUCUUCAGGUACAUGCCCAUCAUCCCAAUGGUCCUUGUAAAUGGAAGUGAAGGCAUUGGAACAGGUUGGAGCUCCUUCGUACCAAACUUUAACCCUCGAGAUAUAAUAGCCAACCUCAGACGGCUGCUAAAUGAAGAACAAAUGCAGCCCAUGAUACCAUGGUACAAAGGUUUUCAGGCAAGUAAACUGCUCCCUUAAAUCAUCUAGAGUCUUAUUUUCGGGCUAAAAAACCUUGUCUAAGAGCGUUUUUCGGGAAAAUCAGGGUUCGAUUGAAAGGACAUCCACAAAAGAGGCUGGAGUAACAUAUACUAUCAGCGGUAUAAUUGAAGAAGUCGACGCUACUACAUUGAGGAUUAUAGAACUCCCAGUUCGUCGUUGGACACAGGACUACAAAGAGUUUCUAGAGUCGUUAAUUACGGGAAAUGAUAAGAUAAAAGAACCUUUUAUCAAGGUAAGUUGUCAUGAGUUAAUCCAGUUCGAUUCUUAACCUUGGAGUUAACUGAUUUCGCAAACAUGGUGAUUUCUUAAUUUUUCAGGACUAUAGGCAAUACAGUGAUGACAGAACUGUAAAUUUCGAAGUAUAUUUAACAGAAGAGAAUUUGAACGCUGCAAGACAGGAGGGCCUCCUGAAGAGAUUUAAACUUACCACUACCAUCAGCACGAGCAACAUGCAUCUCUUCGAUGCAAACGGCACAAUAAAGAAAUACGAUGAUGCGGAACAGAGUAAGUUGCUGUUAUGUCAUUCCAAUUAGCUACCGUUCAUAAACAUGUAAAUUUUGACGAUUUAAACUUUCCUGCAGUCCUCUACGAAUUUUUCCAGUUACGAUUGGUUUUCUACGAGAAAAGAAAGGUGAGGACCGUGCCAUUCGUUCUAGCUUAUGUCACAGCAGGAAACGAGACGAGACGCCAGACGUAAUUUUCUGACUUUAAUGAGGAUCUUGCAGGCAGCUUUGUUGGCCAUGCUCGGAACGGAUCUCUUAAAGCUAGAUAAUAGAGUCAGGUUCAUCCUUGGUGUGGUGAACGGCGACAUAAAGGUGUUUAAGCGGAAGAUCGCUGAACUUUUGCUUGAGCUGCAGCAGAAAGGCUUUACUCCCAUGCUAAACAAACCGAAGAACCCCGAUGCAGUCGCAACUGAUGAAGGUGAAGAGGAUGAGGGGGAAAGUACUGAUCUACGGAAGGGUUAUGCCUACCUGCUCUCUGUUCCGGUUGAAUCCUUCACAUCUGAAAUGGUUGAGAAGCUCCUUGGGCAAAGGGCAAAACUGGAGUUCGAGAUAGAAGAACUCAAAGCGUCCACUACCAAAUCCCUCUGGUUGAAAGAUCUCGACGCUUUCGCGGAAGCGCUUGAUGCUUUCGAGAAGGUGGCGCCCCUCCACUUCACAGUUAAUGUCUGAUCUUUCUGUAAAUAACACCUUCCCUUGUCUGCAGGAGAGAGAAGAGGAACUAGAAACGGUUAAACUCAAGGACCGCAAGGGUGCUCGUCAUAUCUCCACGAAGGUUCAAACAAAGCAAAGGAAGAAGAACGUCACCGCCGAAUCUGCAGGUAAUCAACUCUCAAUUUUCUUUCCUGUACUGGUCGGUAAUAAUUUCAAGCUUCACGUUGUCUCCCCGCCGCUUCUUCUGAAGCAAGUACCGGUAACUUAUGUACUUUAAGUGGAAAUCAUAACUGAGUUUGGUAGGCUAACUUAUCUACUUCUUAGGGUGAACAUCGAUGACUAAUAAGCGUAAAUAUGUUGGAAACAUUGGGGCGGAUUCGGCUAAUCAUACGGAAUUUCAGUUCUAAAUAAGUUUCAUGAAUUAAUAAUAAUAUGCUCGCGAUUUUUUCUGAAAAUUAUUUUUAUUUUCAGUUGAUCGUCAUAGCUUAAAUGAUCCGUUUGUCUUAGAUUUACCUGAUAUAGGAUUGCAGUUAAUUCGAAAAGAUUAUCUUCAGGCUAAUUUCAAAUUUACUAGUUUUAUAUGAUCUAAUUUUUAUGUCGGCUCGCGUUCUCGUUUCAGGAAAUCUUCCAAAAGCAACGAAGCCGAGAGGCGCGCCGAAGAAAGCCUCUUCAAAGGUAAAUCCUGAGGUCGAUUGUUCCAUAAUCUUAGGACUACUUUAAUCCCAAACUAAGUAUCUCGAUGGCUGCAGCGCCCUCAGGCGAAGAACGAUGAAGACGAUAACGACGACGAUGACAUCCUCGAACUCAAGGAGCGUCUGGCUCGCUAUGAUAUUAACUCUCCGCAAGAAGAAUUAGGUUAA